GCUCCACAGACUCUUCCGGAGAUCUGCUCCGAACAGGACGAGAUGGAUUUCCUGAUGGAGGCCCUGAUUAUGAGGUGCAUUGGGCUGGAACACACAGGGCCCCAUCCACUUCCUCCUGCACUACACACACACACACACACACACACACACACACACACACACACACACACACACACACACACACACACACACACACACACACACACACACACACACACACACACACACACACACACACACACACACACACACACACACACACACACACACACAAAGGAUGCAUACCAUAACAUAGCGUAACAUGAGGCAGGCAGACGAGACCCAAACACUGUCAUUCCAUCACAUAGCGCUCGGCAGGCUAGUCUGCUGCCAUGUUUUGUGUACUCUCCUCAUUCGCUGCUUGUUUUGGUAACCAGCUUCCCAGCUGUUGUUUAUCAUAGUGAGUCAGGUAAUUCAUCGCUAUCGAGGAGACAGCAGCUGCUUGCCAGAAGAACCCCAUCUCACCUCCAAAUGGAGCUCUGCUGAAAGCAUUAGAAAGCAUAUCUGUCAAGCAGAUGCUGUCGGGCUAAAGCAGGCACAACAGAGUACAUAAUAAGCAGCUUGGGGUAAAUUGGGACCCGGAGUGUUUCCUGGCCAUGAAAUAACCCUAGACAUACAGAUGUAAACACAGACACAUUAAUACAUGCAUAUAAUUCCAUUGCAUUUGCGUAGUGGCAUAGAGCAGUAGAGUAGAGGCACUUACAGAAGUUGCACAUAUGGGGAACAUUUUUAAUAGCCUAGGGUCCGGGGAAAAUGUGGCCUUUUAAUAAACUAAUUUCAUGCAAUUGACAGAUUGCAACUGACAGAUUUGCCGCGCAUUCCCGACUGUAGGCUAUGCCUUGUUAUUGGGCUACACACAAUCCACAGCUUGGCCUUUUUUAAAAGAAGCUAUUGAUCCUCUGUGGCUAAAUUAUGGGCCUUCUCGUGGUAUAGUAGUCUAUUCGGAAUUAUUUAAUUUAUUUCUGAACAGACAGCAGUAAUUCUAUAACUUUGUCAAAUUUAUUUCAAUUUAUCAGGGAUGCUGCAGCUCCUCCAGAACCCUUCGCGCGGCGAUGAUUAUAUAAGGACAUAAAUUAAGUGCAACGCUGGAGAGAUGAGAGUUGCAGGCUCAUGUCUAUCAGAGCAGAGAGAGGGAGAGAGGUCAUAGAAAGUUAAUCUCAUUCUAGUUCUGUGAGCGAUACAGGCGCGCUUCUCACACAGCCACGGCCACGUGUUGGUCUCAAACAUAAUGUUGCGCAAACCAUAAACCCGGGCCGGCCCAACCCGAAUCAACUUUUAGAAUAUCAGGUCCGGGCUGAAAAUCUACUUUUUCACAUGAUGUUUUUUUUUGUCAAGAGAGGUACUGGAUCCGGCCAAAUAGGUUCUGGAACUAAACAGUCCAAAACAGAAUGGUGCCGGAUCCUGUGUACCCUGAAGCCAUUACAGUCUGACCAACUCUCCGAGCCUGAGGUAGUGUAUUCACCACCACUGUCCUUGUGUGUCCACAGUAAGUUCAGUCACCAGAACAUAGUGCGCUGCAUUGGGGUGAGUCUGCAGAUCCUGCCCCGCUUCAUCCUCCUUGAGCUGAUGACUGGAGGAGAUAUGAAGAGCUUCCUGAGACAGAACAGACCCAAAACGGUGAGUAGCUUCCUGAGACAGAACAGACCCAAAACGGUCAGUAGCUUCCUGAGACAGAACAGACCCAAAAUGGUCAGUAGCUUCCUGAGACAGAACCGACCUAAAACGGUCAGUAGCUUCCUGAGACAGAACAGACCCAAAAUGGUCAGUAGCUUCCUGAGACAGAACCGACCUAAAAUGGUCAGUAGCUCCCUUAGACAGAACCAUCCUAAAACAGUCAGCGGCAGAGUGUCUCUCAACUGCCUCAACUGUUCAACAGCCCUGUAGGUCUGUGUAGGUGUAUGCCAGUAGUAAUGGUUUUGUAUGUGUGGUGUUGUUUCAGAGUCAGAGCUCCUCCCUCACCAUGCUGGAGCUGUUACACAUGGCCAGAGACAUCGCCUUCGGCUGCCGCUACCUGGAGGAGAACCACUUCAUCCACAGGUUACUAUGUCCUACCACAACCAAACCAUUACCUUUUUGUAUACAGUAUUCAUAUUACAUAAAGAGGUAUUCAAUGUUGUUUGUUGUGUGUUUCAGAGACAUAGCUGCUAGGAAUUGUUUGCUGACCUGCCCUGGGCCAGACAGAGUGGCUAAGAUAGGAGACUUUGGAAUGGCGCGUGAUAUAUACAGGUACACUUAAACCACCUGUUCUAUCUGUCCCGAUACCACGCUCAGCAUCUACCAAGCCUCUUGAUCUUCAUGACAUGAACUGUUUAUUUUCUCCAUUGUGGGUUUUUCCCAGUUUAAAUCUCAACAUAUCUGUAGGAUCAGUCUGGUCUCACUCCAUGCAGUGAUGAAGACUCAAGAGUACUAUUCCCAUUGAGUUAUACACCUAGAGUUUGAGAUGAUAACCAUGACUCAUUCUCCUCCAUAGGGCCAGCUACUACAGAAAGGGUGGCCGUGCCAUGCUGCCCGUCAAGUGGAUGCCGCCAGAGGCCUUCAUGGAGGGCAUCUUCACCUGCAAGACUGACACCUGGUAACCCAUUUACUCUUCUACAUGAUUUAUCCAAAGUUGAUUUAUCCAAAGUUGAAUGACUAGUAUAAGUACAUACAGCCAGUGUAAAUGGGACAGCAACUGAUUUCUCUUAUCAACUUUUUAAACUGAGCUCUGUUCUCCCUCUGCAGGUCGUUUGGAGUACUGCUCUGGGAGAUUUUCUCUCUGGGCUACAUGCCUUACCCCUGCAAGACCAACCAGGAGGUUCUGGAGUUUGUGACGAGUGGGGGGAGGAUGGACCCCCCUAAGAGCUGUCCAGGGCCUGUGUGAGUAGAUCAGAUUGAGCUGAUGCAGAGUUAACUCUUGGCGGAGUUUAUAAUGCAUUUAGUGUCGUUGCAAGGCCAAUAUGCAGUUUUAGACUUAACUCCAUGAUAUUUAGUUUUUUUCUCCCUCUCCCUUCUGUAGUUACCGGAUCAUGACACAGUGCUGGCAGCACUGCCCUGAACACAGACCCAAUUUCUCCACCAUUCUGGAGAGGAUCAACUACUGCACUCAGGUACUGACCCACUGGCAGCCAGGGAUGCAUUUCCUUUACAACACUCACCAUUCAUAUUUACCAUUUAUGUUCUCUCUCUCUCUUCCACCCAGGACCCUGAUGUGAUCAACACGCCCCUGCCUGUGGAGUAUGGCCCCACAGUGGAGGAGGAGUUGAGCACUGUGAUCUGCCCUGACACCUCAAGCAGUCUGACCCCUCUGCUGGUGGCCCACUCUGCCUCCCAGGAGGUCUCUCCCCAGCUCAGCAGCCUGGGUCUGGGUCUGGGCCUGGGUAUUGGUCCCACCCCGCUGCCCCAACCCCACAAGCCCUGUCUGCUGCUACAUAGGCCCCAGCAGCUGCCUCAGGAGGUGGCCUCAUACCGCGAGGCCCUGGAGCCCUGCUGGGCCGAGCCUGUCCCUGCUCCAGGGGCCUGCCCUGGGGCCUGGCUCCAACCCGAGCCCCUCCACCAGCCCUGCUCCAGGAACAGCUCCUUCUCAGGCAGCCAGAGGCUCAAAAACAAGACCAAGAACCUGUGGAACCCAACCUACGGCUCCUGGGUUCUGGAGAGCUUUGGUCGGGGGAAGACAGCACUGUCUCAUACCCAGUCCAUGCCCCUGUCCAGCAGCUCCUCCGCCCUCCAGGCAGCUACCCCUACCUCCGAGUGCACCGACUCUGGGUGCGAUGGCAGCAGCGGCCUCCCUGCCCCCAGCAGCCUGUGCUCCUCAUCCCCCCCCUCGUCCUGCCAGACCCUCUCUGCUCCCCAGCCCCAGGGUGCACCCAGCCUCAGCCUGGUGUCCUCCCGGAAGGGCCCAGCAGGAGGAGCCAGCGGGGGCCAGGCCGUGGACCUGGCUAAGCUGCAGAGCUUCCCCUGUGGCAACGUCAACUAUGCCUACGACGAGCAGAGCUACGAGGCGGAGAGCCUGUCCCUGGUGGUGCCCAAAGGACCAGAGCCCUGCCCCAGCACCAGUGCUAGCACCAGCUGUGCCCCCAGCGGCUCUUUUUCCUCCUCCUGCUCAGGGGCAGGCCUGGGCACGGCCUCCUCCUGUAUGCCCAAACUGCUACUGAAGCGCCACGCCAGCUACGGACACGAGGAUGUGAGGAGGCACACCAAACCUGAGAAACCCACCCGGGACAGAGACUCAGGCUUCUCCCUGUCGGAGGACCUCAGCGUCACCCCUGUCUAACCCUGGCCACUGGGGGAGCGGAGCAGAACAUUGGAACAGACCCCACACCUCACUGGCCACGCACAGGAACACACUACUGGAGACGGCAGCCAUUUUGACCAAAUCAUUUUCACUCCCUUUUCAUUUGGUUUAAUAUCGUUUUGGUACUACUGAUGAUGCGUUCUUGUUAGUAUAGGCGGUGAGAGAAUUAUAUGAAAGGCACAGUAGCAAGAAAACACAACAGUUUACAGACAGGAAGAGAUGCUACAUUGCCAGGAGACAGUUGGCAUGUUCUCUUCCUGAUGUGGAAUAUGACACAGCCCAAGAAGGCCAUCACUGGCUCAGAAGCACAUCCAAGCCUCAGAGGAUUUCUAGGCCCUAGCUGGAUUCAUCUGCAAUGUCUGGCAUCCAUUCAAAUGUGCAGUGUCUCCUCUGCUUCGGGGCUCUUUUGUUAGUCCAUUCCUUUCUUCUCUGUUUGUACCAUUAUCUUUAGCUGCUGGGUUCAUUUCCCAACAACAAUCCCCUACCGUUAGGCCCUUGAGCAAGGCCCAUAACUCCACAACAUGCUCUCCAUCCAGAGGCACUGCACUGCAUCUUGACCCUGUGCUCCUCUCAACU